AUCUCACCAAGCUAGCUCAUCUGCCAGAACUUCUCCAGCAACCUCUGGCCACAAAGUGCACUUUGUCUCUCCAACUGCAUAUUGAAUUUUAUUAAGGAAGACCACAAUGUCUGGAGUUGGUAUGUUGGUGGAAUCAAUUGAGAAUGAACUAAAACAAGUACCUAUAUUGCCAUCCAAUUGCACUAUAUACAGAGUACCUGUGAUGCUACGCAAAGUAAAGCCAGAAGCUUACACACCUCAUUUGGUCACCAUUGGCCCUUUCCACCGUAACAAGCAACACUUAAAGCCCAUGGAAGCACAGAAGUUGCACUACCUCAAAGAAUUUCUAGACAGAAAUUCUCAAGUAAACUUAGUUGAUUAUGUCAAUGCAAUGACAGACUUGGAGGAAAGAGCUCGCAAAUGUUAUUCAGAAAUCAUCAAUCUUAAAAGAGAUGAGUUCAUCAAGAUGCUAUUAAUUGAUGGUUGCUUCAUACUUGAACUUUUUCUCAGAAGGGAUAGAUGGGAACAAUACCGCGACGAUCCCUUAUUAAGUAAGACAUGGAUGUCUCGUACUAUAAUGCGAGAUCUCAUCUUACUUGAAAAUCAACUUCCCUUCUUUGUUCUACGGAGAUUAAAAACCCUAUUCAAUAGGGGUAACACCGAAGCUCGUGUUACUCACCUCACUUAUCUUACUCGUACCUUCUUUGGUGAAAUCAUGUUACAUCGAUAUGAAAGCUUUGGUAGGCUUUUUUUAGAAGGAAUUUUUCGAGUAGCAAGGGAAAGAAAUUUAAUAGAUUUUGAAAAUUUGCCAGAGAAUGAAGAAGAAUCUGAAGAUGAGUCCCAAGCGAAAAAACAUUUGCUUGAUUUUGUACGACAUCUCCACCUCCCAUCAUCACCAAUGUCGUUAGAAAAUCAUGGAAAAUUCGAAUGUAUCCGUAGUGCAACAGAGCUUCAUGAUGCUGGCCAUGUCAAAUUUAAGUGGGGAUCUCAAACUUGCUUAUUUGAAAUAACUUUCAAUCGGCAAGAUUUGAGUAUCCCCCCUAUAAAAAUUGGAGAUUGGACUGAUUCUCUCCUUCGAAAUUUCAUUGCCUUUGAACAAUGUCACAGUGAUUGUACUAAAUAUGUUACAGCUUAUGCAGCCUUCAUGGAUGGUCUCAUUGUCUCUUCUAAGGAUGUUGAGUUGCUUCAGAAGAAUAGAAUUAUUGAUAACUUGGUUGGUCACCCUGAAAAAGUAGCUGAAUUAUUUAACAAACUUGUUGAAGAGGUUACAAUACCUUUUGAUAAUUUUUACUUUUCUGGGGUUUGUGAAGAAGUGAAGACAUAUUAUGAGAUGAUUAAUGCAAGCUCAAUGAAUUAUCAUUUCAACACUUCAUGGGGAUUCUUGAAGAGGUUUUUACCAUCCCUUUUGAUAAUUUUAAUUACUCUUCUGGUAUUUGUGUAGAAGUGGAAAAAUAUUAUGAGAUGAGAUGAUAUGUUAUAUAUGUGAAAUUAAUGAGUGUUGUACAAGUCAAUCUUUGUAUAAAUCAGAAAAAAUUGUUGUAAUGUAUAUUUUAUUUAUAAUUAUAUGUGAAAAUGUGAAAUAGUGAAUGUAAAA